GUUGCUAUCAAUAUGGCGGUUGUCAGCCAGACAAAGACAGUCAGUCUGAUGUGAUUGAGACAAGGGAGGUUUUCAGGGGGAGACUGGGAAAUAGAGGCCUCCCCUCCCCCUUCUGCUCUUCCUGCGCCGGCCCCAAGCCCUCCCCAGCCCCUCCCGACGGGCGCCCCGCGCGGAAGAUCUCCUCCCCCUCGCGCCUCCCUCCUCCCUACCUCAGCCCUUGCGCUGGGACGCUGGGGAGGGGGCUGUGGGCGCAAAGAACUCUGCCGGGAUUCCGAGAAUGGUAAAUAACGCUGACUGUCUCUGAAAAGGAUAUUGAUCCACCUCAUGUAAAGUAUGCUCAGUUCCUUUCCAGUGGUUUUGCUGGAAACCAUGUCUCACUAUACAGAUGAACCCAGAUUUACCAUAGAACAGAUAGAUCUACUUCAACGUCUUCGGCGUACUGGAAUGACUAAACAUGAAAUUCUUCAUGCCUUGGAAACUUUGGACCGACUUGAUCAAGAGCAUAAUGACAAGUUUGGAAGGAGGUCCAGCUACGGGGGAAGUUCAUAUGGGAACAGCACCAACAAUGUUCCUGCAUCUUCCUCAACAGCUACAGCUUCCACACAGACCCAGCACUCGGGGAUGUCCCCAUCACCUAGCAACAGUUAUGAUACCUCCCCACAGCCUUGCACUACCAAUCAAAAUGGCAGGGAGAGCAAUGAGCGAUUGUCCACAUCCAAUGGGAAGAUAUCACCAUCUCGCUACCAUGCCAACAGCAUGGGCCAGAGGUCAUACAGUUUUGAAGCCUCAGAAGAGGACCUAGAUGUAGAUGAUAAAGUGGAAGAAUUAAUGAGGAGGGACAGCAGUGUGAUUAAAGAGGAAAUCAAAGCCUUUCUUGCCAAUCGGAGGAUUUCCCAAGCAGUUGUUGCACAGGUAACAGGUAUCAGUCAGAGCCGGAUCUCUCAUUGGCUUCUGCAGCAGGGGUCAGAUCUGAGUGAACAGAAGAAAAGAGCGUUUUACCGAUGGUACCAGCUGGAGAAGACAAACCCUGGGGCUACAUUAAGCAUGAGGCCUGCCCCCAUUCCAAUAGAGGACCCAGAGUGGAGACAAACGCCUCCCCCGGUCUCUGCCACGUCUGGAACCUUCCGACUCCGGCGAGGGAGUAGAUUCACCUGGAGGAAGGAGUGCCUGGCAGUCAUGGAAAGUUACUUCAAUGAGAAUCAAUAUCCAGAUGAAGCCAAGAGAGAAGAAAUUGCAAAUGCUUGCAAUGCAGUCAUUCAGAAGCCAGGCAAAAAGCUGUCUGACCUGGAGCGAGUUACCUCCCUGAAAGUGUAUAAUUGGUUUGCCAAUAGACGGAAGGAGAUCAAGAGGAGAGCCAAUAUCGAAGCAGCAAUCCUGGAGAGUCAUGGGAUAGACGUACAGAGUCCUGGGGGCCAUUCCAACAGUGACGACGUGGAUGGCAACGACUACUCAGAGCAGGACACUUGGCAAGUACGCAAUGGGGAGGAGGAGGAGGGAAGAAGUUCAGAGGGAGGCAGAGAAGCAGAGAAGGAUGACAGCACGAGCCAUAGUGACCACCAAGACCCCAUCUCGUUAGCUGUGGAGAUGGCAGCCGUCAACCACACUAUCUUGGCCUUGGCCCGACAGGGAGCCAACGAAAUCAAGACAGAGGCCCUGGACGAUGACUGAUGAGGGAGGGUUAAACACACGAUAUCUUAGUGUAGACGUAGCACCUUAGCAGACUUUCCUCGGUCCUUAACAUGUGUUCUUACAGUAUAACUUGCAGUUUCUUGUAUGUCAGGUAGCCGUUAGGGUCUUGUUCUGUGAAGAUGGCAUGGUGCCCUCAGCCUUUGCAUAUACUCUCUCAGUAUUAAAAUCCCAGUAAAUAAUAACCAAUCGACCAAACAAACUUCCCUCUCCCAGCCCCCAAGGCUAGAAAAUCUUGCUGCUCCAUCUUAGCAUUCCAAGAAAGUGCUUCCAGGUGUUUAGAUAACCCUCGGUUCUCAAAUAUUAGCUCUGUGUAAAACCUUGGGUACCUUUAGAUUCAUGUAACACUAGUCUGUACCCUGUUCUCCUGCCCCAAGACUGACAGGAUGCAAGCUGAGGUAGUAGCCCAGGACUAACAGACACCAUGCAGGGAACAUCCACAGAGUGAUAGGAACACCAGAGCCCCACCUCAGCGUGAGAGUCACUGAUUCAGCUGCAAUAAGCCGUGCCUCAUAGUCACACUGUGGCUAGACUCUACUUCUUGGGUGCUGAGCUAAGAGUGUCAUUGGAAUCCCGACCUCAGAUCUUGGUUGAUGUUGAACGGCCUGACACAGACAUCUUUCCUCUCAUAAGCUGUGUGACUUAGUAGAUAAAAUACUGCCUUCUGCCUUUGGGACCACAGUUCUAAAACAGAAAGAUAAAAAACAAAGUUCCAGAAAGCAAAACCCAGCUUGAGAGUAUUAGAGAGAGGCAUGAGCUGAUGGCUGGAUGCUGAGUCCAGUCCCAGAGCCGUGUACAUUCCACAGCACAGCUCCCAGGGCCUGCCUGGAAGAGUGCGGCAGAGCCUGGAAGCUGCCCUCCUGUCUCCCCUUUCCCUGCUACCAAAAACGUCUUUGUCAGGGGAGGUCAGACUGAGUGAGCAGCAGUCUUUGUACCCAUUGCCUGGAGCCCUCUCAGAGCUGAUGGGACUCUAGGGAAUUUGACUGACUCUCACAGAUGCAGAUCUUUGCCUAACUAGGGGCAGAAAAAGCAGGGGACAUUCACCACUUAAGUCGUGAGUGUGCGAGACACAGCGGGAUGUGACUGCUCUGUUCUCUUUCCUCUGUCCUUGUGGAAGUGUGAAAGCUAUAUUGCUACAGGCAAUUUAUUUAAUAAUUGGAAGCCAUAUUGAUAAUGGAUGUGGUAAUAUUUGUAAAGUUUAAUCUACUUUAAGCGGCAGUAACUAAUGGAAUUUUUUUCCUUGAUCACAUAUGUAGCACUUUUGUUACUUUUUAAAGAUAUUUAUAUUUGAUAAAUCUUUUUUUCAUUUUGAAAACUCAAAAUACCAAACAGUGAACUUGCGUUUUAAAGUCACCCUGUGAUCACCUUGUCAUCUGGUAGCAAAAUGAUGACUAUUCAUGCGUCAGAGAGAAUAACAUCUGCUAGUCUUGUGUGACAGUGAUCUCCUGGCAGCCUGAUGCAGUGAUGCACUGUCGCUGUGGGUAAGAGGAAGCAGCCUCCACUGUAGUGGCAUGGUGUGCAUCUGAAAGAGGCACGCAGCUGAGUGUUUUCUGCCUUGUGCCAUCUCUCCUUUGUCUAACGAAGCCUUGUUUGAAGGGGAAUGGGGAGUGGGCCGUUAAGCAAGGCUUCUGUCUUUCUGUCCAUUACCUGAACCAGUUUCUAAGAUGGAGAGUGGGUGCUCUCUCCUCACCCAUUUACCUCUCCCUCCUCACCAAAUGUGCUCAGCCUCACAACUGUGGAGAGAGAGGCACAUAGUCCUUCCUCAUUUCCCUCUCCCAUUGGCUAGAUACUGAGCGUCUAUAGUGUUUGGCUGGUCUCACUGGGGCACAGUCCGACUGGAUCAUCCCCUUAGCUCUAAGUCCUGUUCACCGGAAUGUGAGGAGGAGUCUUUGGAGGCAUGAGGAUAUCACUUCCCCUACAUCUGUGACUUCGAAGAGCUCUAGGCAGGACCUGCCGUCUCCUGUCUGUGGAUUUCAAGGGGAAUGUGUGCAUUUCCCCCACUCCCAUGUACUGAAGCAAAACGGGGCGGUCUUCUCUUUCUGUGUGACUUAAGCCCGCAGAUUCAAGAGUAGCAUUUCUCAUUCUCAGGAACGAGCCCCCGCCCCCACCUCAUCACCUUUCAUGGUUGGACUUUUUAUUUCAAUUAGAAGAUUGUGUUGUCCUUUAUUUUGCUUAGAGGAAAUCUAACCUACCAUGGCUUUCCAUUUGGGUGGACUUUUGUCUGCUGCUUCUCAGUUGAAUCAGAAAGAACAAGGAGAGGGGAAAACACAUUUUCUGAAGAGCCACAUCCAUGAUUCACUGUGAGGAGGAGAUUGUUAUGACUGAUAGCUUCAUGGUGGUAUUCUUGUUCUUGCUCGCCUUUUUAAAGGAAUGGACUCCAACCGUUUCUAAAGAAAUCCAGUGGCUGCCACAGAAGAGCUAAAACAUUCCCUUGUCUUAAGACCUUUAAGAAAGAAACGCGCAUCAGAGAAUACCAAUCCACACCCCGUGCAGGCGAUGCCAGCCUUGAGUGGCAGUGUGGUAGCCCUGCAAGAGCCAAGCUGCCACCAAGCCUGUGCCACCAAGGCCUGUGCUGUGCUGAGCUUGGCGGGAGGAAGGCCUAUUGCUGGAGAAGCUGCCACGUGCCCUUCAGACCCACAGCCUUACUCGGAGUCUGUGCUGUGUCACCAACAGUAAGAAUUUGUUUCUUUGGGCCAAGAUUUAAAUCUCCCAGCAGUUUUCUGCUGGUCACCUGUUCUCAUGUCCUGACCACCUCAGUUCUUGUAAUGACCACAGAGCGGUCACAUGCGAUUGCUCCUGCCUUUGGGUGAUAAAUCGUACCUUAAACUUUUUCAGGUUUGGGGUACGGUAUUAAAGCAGAAACCUUAAAAUGUUCCCAUGCCGAAAGGAAAAGCGCUGGGCUCCUAGAAACCCACGUUCUUUGUUCCUACUUGCCUGUCUGCUCGCACCUCCUCCUGUGUUUCUUGAAUCCUGGGAGAGCUCAGAGAGCUCCCUCAGGGGCUGUGCCUUUCUGACCAAGGAAGACCUUGAAAGGGCGGGGAGGGAGCAGGCAUUGAUACAGUUUGCUGUUUUAAAUGCUGUAAUUGAAUUACUGUUGCUGGUUAGAUAAGGUCAGCUUCCCAGCCUUCUAAUACCUUAAGGGGAGACCUGUUAAAGAUGGUCCCAUCAUAGAUUUCUGCCUGUCUGAGGACAGUUGCAGCCAGCAGUGGAGGAUGACCGGGAAAGCCACAGUGUACUGUGACCUGAGACUGUGGCGUGCUCUCAGCACCUAGGAGAUGGCUGAAUUCACUGCAGCUUCAUUGUGUUAACAAAUCAUUCCAUAAAGACAGGAAUGUUUCCUCAGGAGGUGGGACCCUGGCGUAGGAAGACAGACAGCCCCUUGGCACCUUUCACCCCAGCUCAGUAGACGCGACCCCCUACUAGAAAGAUGGAGUUGAGUUAGAAGCCUGUUCUUGCUACAGUAUGCAAAUUUAGAACACUAGUUCCCAGAAGGUGUUACCUUCCAACCACAUCCAUGUUUGUAGGUCCAGAUGUCUGGGUUUAUUUUCCCCUCAAAGGGAGUAGCUGGUGAAGAGCUCUGACACAUUUGUCUCAGUUCUCUUUGGCCUGUCUCUGGAAACACUGCUUUAGAAACUCCCUCCUAGACCAGUCGUCAGACACCAACGGUAACAGACUCCGUUCCCUGGGUUCUCCCCUCACUUUCUUCCCAUCCCUGGAUGGCUCCUCUUCCAUUUUUGUGUUCUACCAUAGCGUCUUUGUCUUGAGUUGACUUUGUUGGAAUUUUUCUCUCCUCUGGCAAGAGGCAUAGCAGGUGGAUUUGGUCCUUCUCUGAACACAGACUCCUUCCUAUGAUCACCAGCUCAAACGCUUGUAUUCCAAGCCUGUUAGCUCCAUCCAUACAGUGAGAAUAAUCCCUUUUCCACACAUGUCCACCGUGGCCCAUCCUAAAACUGUGGAUUCAAGUCCUUGCUCUUUAAUCUCAAGAAGGAUGUGUGGAGAAGCAGGAUGCCCACCCAGCUCAGCUCUGCCUUUUAGUUUUUAUUUUGAUCUGUUGUUCAGAGAACAACCAGAAUGUUUUUCUCCUGUGAGCCUCAACAAAUUCUUUGGCAAUAAUUUUUCUUGUGGUUGGUGGUCUCUGCUCAGUAGCUGUCUGCCUACAUGGUCUAGUUCGCACCACUUUCACGUGCACUUGGUGUCUAUGUCAGUCUGUGAUUUCAGUCCUAAGCCAGGGUGGUGAUGAACUUCGUCAUUUUCUUGUUGUGAAUAUAGUAAUGUUUUACUACUGUAUUUAUUGGGGCUGUACCAAGACCAGCCAAAUCCAUUUAUAGCUUUACUGAGCCGGAUUUAUUUAAGAUUUCCCAAGUGAAAGUCGGACACAUUGACCAGCUCUGCUGGUCGUAUCUUUGGGUGGGAGUGGGUUGGGGGAUUGCACUGGGGUGGGGUGGGAAUUACAUAUUCAUAGCAUUCCUUUUCUGUGUGCGCUUUUUAAAUUGCAAGUGUGUUUACUCAGGACUUGGCCAUCAGUUGUUAGCCAUAUUGAGUUUGGCAAACUGAGCUGCAGCUCUGAAAACCCUGUUGGUGUGUGACUUAGAGGAACACCGAACACCUGUGUUAUCACUGUGAAGGUGUGCAGUCUGGCAGGAGGCGAUGAAUGGCCUGAGGAUCUCAUGGUAGUGUGGUGUCAGCAGCGGCCUCUCCUGUGUGGUCUGCUUCAUUUCACACUCAGUUUCAAGAUGACCAUGGCUUAAGAAGAGACCCCUUGUUCUUACAAGAGAGCUAGUCCAUUAUGGCAGUGGGAAGGGCUUUUCAGACACAUCACACCAGGUGUUUGGGUCAGUGUUCCUCAGAUUGUUAGAGAAUAUGUUCCAAAAGGCUUUUCUUUUUUUUCUUUUUUUUUUUUCUUUUUUUUCGGUCUUUUUGAGACAGGGUCUCCCUGUAGCCCCAGCUGUCCUGGAACUCACUAUGUAGACCAGGCUGGCCUUGAACUCACAGAGAUCCGCCUGCCUCUGCCUCCCAAGUGCUGGGCCUACAGGCAUGCACCACCACGCCCGGCUCAAAAGGCUUUUCCUAAAGCCAUUUAUUUUUCUGCUGAGAGUGAGGAGCUAUUGUCCACACCAGUGGACAGGGUUGAUGGAUGCUCUGUAAUGAGGCUCUGUGUAUAUUUAUGGUCCUGUAAAUGCCCAAGUCUGUAAAUUGAGACUUUUCUAUCUUUUUUUUCAUACUUGCAUGGUGGGGAUGGGAAAUCACAGCAAAAAGAAGCUCGCAUCCUGAGAGGCCCAGACUCCCACAGCACUAUUUCUUUUGUAUCCUAGAGAGGACCAGACAGAGGGAGGGAAGAUGACCGCAGCCCACCGUGCAUCUCACCGACAUGCCAAUUGCCUUGGGACUCUAGCUGUGCAUGUCCCUAAGCUUUGUUAUCAUUCAUGACAUUCAGGCAGAACUAGAUCUGGUUGGUUCUCUUCCAGGGGGACAGGAAUUUUUCAGCAGGAGCUUCCCAAGCACAUCCCCACCCUUCACCUCAGCAGUCCCUACGUAUUGACUAGCAGGACAGGACAGCUAGGGGCGUUUUGGAUGUCCUCAGCUGACAUCCUCUUUCUGACUCCAUACAGCAGGUUGGGUUGCCCUGGCCUGUACCCCAGGCCCCACACUGUGAGUACUCUGCGCUGGAGCCACCAGUAUACCCCGUGUGGGGCAGCUCAGUGCCCUGCUUAGAAAUCCUGGGAGGCCAGCUCCCCUGACUCCAUGCUCGUCUCUCUCUUUUAAAUAAGACUGGCUCUGCACAGCCAUAAUUAACUCACAAAUUCAUGAUGGUGUGCUGUGACCAAAUGAAGGUUUAGCUGAAUCUUUUCAAAUUGUAACCAUGGUAAUUGAGGGGGGGGUGGUGUAGAAUGAAUAUAUAAAAAUAUAAUGGCGAUUGUUCCGAAUGACUGAGUGUCCUCCUGACAUGUAAUUAGCUGUUUUAGCAGGAUGUGGAUUGGCAUGGUCAUAAUUAAGAGGAUUUCUAUCCUUUAUGUGAUUGAAAAUAGCAGAGCUCCGAUCCCUUGUUCCCUUUUAGCACUAAUGCUCCCAAGAACAUUUGGAACAGCAGCUCGGUAAACUAAAAUAAUGACAUAGUAUUCGUGUUCCACCAAAGUGAGAGAAUUUGGAGUUAUUUCAGGUCCAAAAUGGAAGGCUUUGAUUGUUGCUUGCAUCUGACUUCUAAAAUCUUUGAAACCUUUCUCACGUUGGCCAACCUACUCUGUUGGCCAGGAACCAGUUAAAACUCCAAACUGAGGCAGCCUCUGACAAACUCCUGAUCCCCGGCCACUCCCUAGCAACUGGACCCUCACCUGGCGACACCUGCUGCUCACCAAGCUUCCUGGGAUUCUCGAGCUUUUCCUUGGAUUCUCUAUUUCCACUGCUGUGACCGUCAGAAAAUAUUCACCAAAUGAAAGUUUACAAAGAGUUGAAUAGUGUUUUCCUCGUGGAACCUUAAGAUCCAAAACAGGCAACUUGAGAGGCUCAUGUGUAAGUGAACUUCACACAGGACUGAGUGCAACAGGGCACUGGGAGCAGGACACACGUAUGUGUGUGUCCCUGGCUCUGCUCUGGUCACGCUUGCUUAGCCAUUGCCAACCCCGUCAGGCACCUUCUAGUAUGUCCCUGCUUAGCCCCCGGCCCUCUGAAGCCAUGUUCUCUGUCUCUUGCUUUCCUUCUUCUCUUCAUGCACCUGUGCCUUCAGGCGUCGUGUGGUCUUCACACCAACCAUGCCCAACUCUGUGCGUCCUGAGGUAUCACGACGAUAGGAACUGCAGUCUCUUGCUGGCCUUUCUGGAGCUUGUCCUCGGUUUUGUUUGGCCGUUGCUCGUCUUGAUUCAGUUACAGGAUCUGAAGCCAGCCCACAGGAAUGCCUGCAGCUGCCAGCGAAGUGGCCUUUAUGCGCUCUUCCCUGCUGGUGCGGCUGGAGUGUCAUGUGAGGUUAACUUGAACCCAUGAGCCCUGUGCUUUUUCAGGCUGGCUUGGUUAGUAGCCACGGGUCUGUGACUCUUUGCCCUUAUUACAGACCUGCCCCCAUUAACCUAGAACACAAACGUGGCUGAGGUCUCAUAGGAGUACCGAGGUGGAAUACUUGGUACUUGGUCUGUAAAACCCUCUCUCCUUAGCACACCCACACACAGUGCACAGAAAGGUUUUAUUCCUGGGAAUGCUUCCAUUUGAUUCUUCCAAAUGCCUUGGGUGAAGUGCACAGCAGGUGUCUGCUUCCUGAAGGAGGGAGGUCCAGUGAGGAGGGCCAGUGCUUCUCUGAGAGCCUACUCUGCCCCUCCCUACCUGCCCAUAGGCCAUAGGGGCAGUCUUUGAGACCUGUCAGUCCUGAUGCUGGUGGUGGAUUUAUAACCCUAGAGUGUGGCAUCCCUUGAAUUAUUUUCCCAGCUGCUGAAAGGUUGCCUUUCCCCUUCCCAUUCAAUUCUGAGAACUUACUAGUUGAGCUAAUUUUGUGAUUUAUGAGACACGAGCUGCCCAGCAGCAGAACAUCUUGACUAUCUACAAGCAUUAAAGGAAACAGACUUGGCACUGCAGCUAGAACCCCUUAAUGUCAUCUGCUGAUCCAAGUACCAGGUGUGCAGACAGGAGCGUUUCCAGAUGUUCCAGGAGGCCCUCUGCCCUGGGUAGAUAUUCCUGUACCGUCGGCAGAUGCCAACCCCUUUGGAAAAAAAAAAUAGCUCACUAGAAUCAGUGACAGUUACCCAUAAAAUACCUUUGCCGUUGUUUGGAAGAAAACCAGCAGUAAGGUAAGAACCUUGAGGGAUCUGAGGGUGCUGGGAUUUUAGUUUUUCAUCAUGCACCACCGAAGUCACUGCCCACCUGCUUGCUGUUCCUGGGGGGCAGCACUGGGUCAUCCCGGUGCGACAGGCACGCCGGCAUUGCCAUCUCCUCUGUCACUGAAUUCUCAGGCACUGUGCCAGCUGUAGGGAGCCACCAGACCCCGCAGCCCUCUCUGGGCUUUUCUCCUCCAGCAGAGCCUGUGCCGUUGAGCUGCUAUAACCUGUUACUAGUAAUGAGCAUCCUGCUUGACUUUGUGAGUGUUUGUGCUAAGCCCUCCCCUGCAUCCUGCUGCCCCCUCACCACAGCCCCAGGGAGGUAGGCACAUUGUGGAGAUCAGAGGUCCUAGUGUCGCCCCGCCUGCCCUCCCAGGCUCCUCAUGAGGUUACCUCAUCCAUAAGUAGCAGUUACUUGGAGAUAUCCAGAUUGAGACCUAGGAGAAGAACUUUCUAGUAUCCAGAAUCCAGGAAAGGGGCAAGCUGCCUCCGGGUAGACACUGCUCCCUGACCACUGUGGUUCAUGUGGAGGUUUAGUGACAGUUGGUCAGAGACACCAAACCAGCUGACCUGCUGUGUCCUCUCCCCACCCUCUAACCCUUUUUUCUCACAAAAUUUAAGUUCUCUGGGGUUAAUUUGAUCACUGUCCCACUUCUCUGAUCUCUUUCAUGAGUCUCCUUGAAACCCAAGAAAAGCACCCCAAGAACCAGGCCACAGCUGUGGGGCGUUCUCCACAGAGACUUUGCCAGGUCUGCUCCUUCUGGUUGUUUCUGUGAUGCUACCUUAGCUGGCUUAUGGGGUCCCUAUCACCUGUUCUUCAUCCUGCCCCCUUCCCAAACACCUUGAUUUGGAGAGAAAGGAUUUGUGUGCCUUUCAUUUGUAUGCUAAGCAAGAUUUUGCAUCUCUGGAAAUGGGAAGGAAAGGUGGGGCAGGGCUGCUCACAGCUCGGGCUCCUAACAGGCGGGUUCCCCAGGGACUUGGGUAUCAAAAUUUGUUCCUCCCUCUAGGACUUAAGCUGCCCAGCACGUUCAGCUCGCCUCAGUUUCCAGGCUUCCUGAACCUGGGAGGGCCUUCUUUCCAUUUCCUUGUUCACUGAGGCUACUAAACUGGAAAACAAAAUGGCAUUAGUGGCCUAUUAAUGCAAACAGCAGCCGCUCUGGUGACGGCUCUCCUGAGGCCCAUGGGGAGGUGCACAUUGAGUCUGUGUGCUGAGCGGGGGUUGGGGGGGUCAUACCAUGUGACUACUUUCAGAAAGCACUGCCUCUAGCAUUUAUCUUGAUGCCCCCAUUGAUGAGAGUGAAAUUAGAAGCCCUCACCGGUGGCUCAUCUCUGAAAAUGGGCACCAGGAAAACAAAACCAAAGUUCUUGAGAACGUGGGUGGCGCCGUCUCCUCACUGCUCCUUGAUUGUGCCAUGACACCAGUGUGAAGGCCCCUCUUUCCCUAGUGGCUUCCUCGCUAGUGGCCUCUGCUGGCCCCUGUGCCAUCACUGGUCACUGGCGACGAGGCAGGACAGUCUCUACCAGAAGAUGCCAAGAGCUUGGUGGUGGCCGCCCCAGCAAACCCUUCUCUGGUCUCCCCAGGCCCCUCCAUAGCCAUGAUCAUGUUGGGUCUCAGUACCUUCCAAGAUAAAACUCUUAUUUCUGUUCAAGUGCCUAAGCAAGUUACAGACCUCUGGAACCUGCCCGAGUCACCCUGCACCCUGUCCUUCCCACCCUGCACCUGCCCUUGGAGCCGACAUCUCAUGGCCGCCACUCUCCAGUGUCCAUGCCAUUCUGCAGGCAGAAUGGUUACACGGGGAGAGGGCUCUUCACGGCCACAGCAGGCUGCUUCGUCACUGCCUCCCCUGUUCCUUUUGUUGAUGUGGUUAUGUUGGUUAUUGGGAGUUUUAGGAGUCUGCUUAGCUAGACCUCAGUGGGCACCAAGUGAAGGAACAAAUCCAGCCUCGGAGCAGAAUUCAGUCUCUGCGUCAGCACUUGGGGAGUGUGGCCAGCUCCGAGAGGGUAAGCAGGCAGAAUUGUGGCUGAUGUGUGAUGAUGCUGAGCCCCCUUACUGCAGUGAGCACCUGAGAGCUGGCCCCAUCCAUUCCGCCCAGAUCCCAGGGAGCCAGGAGCCAAGGGUCAUCACCGACUAACAGUGCUGUAGCAAGAGCCAACUCUGAAAAUGGGUGUGAGACUGUUUAUUUGAUUCUUUUUUAAAAAGUACUGUAAUCUGACCUAGAUCCAGGGCCUUUAUUUACAUGGGGUAUAGGACAGAUUAUUUUGUGGCUGUGCUGUGUUCAGACCGCAUCACUAAGUGUAAGUAGCACACAGAUGGUUUGGUGGAGUGGGUGCAUUAGAAGGUGUUGCAAAAUGGAACAAUCCAUAGCAGGCACUUUAUUUUCAUUAGUAAGCCAGGACUUUUGUUCAGACAAAGUAACAUAAACACCAGGCAUUCCCAUAUGACACGUGUGGACAAGUUUGCCAGUGAAAUUCUGCCUCAGAGAAGGGAAGGUAGGGGAGUGACGGUAGGGAGGAGAAUGGGGUGUGUGCACCAUGCUGCCCCCUGGGGAAUGUCCUCACAGGUCUACCAAGUGCUUGUCAGUGUAACCCAUGAGUGUGAGCUGAGUGCGUGAGCUAGGGAGGCCGGCACUGAGUCGGGAGAGGCAGCAAGAGGGCCCGGGUUGGUGGCCCUUGACUGGGAACGAAAGCGCUGAGGAGUGACGUCCACUUGGUCAGUGAGCAGCUUGUUGUGUGGGUCACUGUGGGGUUGGGAACAAGCUGGCAUGGGCAACCUGGGGGUGCAGAACUGGUUUAAGUCAUGAUUUGACCAGGGACCGGGGACCUUGGGGUUGCCUGAAGGUAUUUAGCAUCCACCAGUCUUGUGUCUAAGAUAAGCAGUGUGGGAUCCUGUCAGACGAGUGGUGGGGUUGGGCAGAGUGCCCCCCUCCACCUUGGCCAUUGUGUGUCAUAGUCUUUGUAUUUCCCUCUGGUCUCCUGGUCUUUGUUCCCAUCUUGUGCGACAUAUGUCCCUGAGGGCAAGUCACACCUGUGUCUGAGUCUGCUGUAAGGUGUUCAGUCUACCUCACGGAGUCAUCAUGGUAAGCUCUGUCCACACGGAAUCUUCCUUACAUGCCACACACACUGGAAUGUAUACCGCCCCACCCCCAUAACCUCCUGACCCCAUCUCUCCUGUAAUCACCAGACUUCUAGUGCAAAUUGGAUGCUGCUUUAAAUGUGAAAAAAUUGUUCAAAAGCUAUAAAAACCUGAAUGAAAGCUAAAGCUGAAUUUAUAAGCCUUGUUGCAUAUGAGCCAAAAGUGCAAAAAGCUCUAUAUAAUGAACUAACCUGCCACUCGUAUAAAUAUAAAUAUAUAUAAAUAUAUUAAAAUCAGACUGUUCUACAAAAUUGUGUAUUUGUAUUUUUGUGUACGUACAAUUUUCUGCUAAGCAGAAGGAGGGUGUAGUAUAGGACGCUGUGAGAAGAGAUUUGGUUUAACCCGAUUUCUUUGUUACUUAUUUUUGUUAACAUCAGAUGCCUGUCUUGUCUUCUCUGUGUUUGACACUGGAAAGCUACAGUAUCGCUCUUCCUUAGGCCAGAGUCCAUGACAAUAAACCUGGGGCUUAGAGAGGCAUCUUGGCCGCCCAACAGAGAGGUGAGUAGGGCUUAGCUCCCAUCCUGCCCCAGGAUAGAACCCCUGGGGUCCUGAGGUGGCACUGAGGGACAGAAAUGGCUUGUGCACAUAAGGCCAGGCAUGGCAUUCUGACUUGCCUCUGGGAAACAAAACUACCUUCUAGAAACCAACUUCCCAAACAAGGUCAUCAGAUACUCAUACAGACUCCCUGUCCACCAAGGAGACACAGGUCUCAGGCCAGGAACAGGACCUCCACUUCUGUCCGGUGGUUCUUCUUGAUGCAGUGCCCACCUCCUGGCUGUCGCUGGGCUGUCCCCUCUCAGGAGGCUCCUGCCUUUUCGGAUGGGGUUACCAAAUGCAUCCCCUCCCGGGGCUGCUCAUGCUUCGUCACCAGACCUCCAGCCCCUUACCUGGAGUAUCUCAGAACCCACUUUGCCGGUGCUAAACAUGAGAGGGGUUGGGUUAAAGUGGCCACCAGUAAUGGCCAGAACCAACCUAGAAGCCAGGCCAAGACGAGCUUGGGUGCCCACCGCUGCCUGCCCCCUCUCAGCCCCAUCCUGGCCAUCAGGGGGAAGCCUACUCUAGGGAGAGCGAUACUGCACCUUCCCUUUAGGACUCAGAUUAUAACAAUGUGUAAUGACUGUAGCAAGAAGCCCUUGUUUCUGGAUGUAAAUGGUCAAAGAAACAAGUACUCUAUUGUAUUGAUUAAAAUAGUUCCAAUGAGUCCUGUAUCAUUGUAUCUCCUAUUCUGGAUUAGUGCCUUUUGGACAGUAGACUGUUCUGUAAUUAAAAUGUAGUAUACUGCUUUUUGUACAGUUUUGUUCUAAUAAAACUUUUUUUUAAUUUGUGUU